AUGCCUGCAUUCCCUUUUGCCUACGGAAUGCCCGGAACGGCUCCGUUCUUUGGGCCCAUGAUGCCCCCAAUGUUCAUGAUGCCGCCGCUUUGGAUGCAUUACGCCGCAAUGAGCGGCUCCGCUUUUGCAGCCAUGCCUCGCGGCCGUGUCUCGAUGGGCGACCGGUGCGUACCUGAACCUGCCUUUGGCACAGCGGCUCCGCUGGAGAAGAGGCAGCCCGAGCCCUUCGCGCUGCCCGCUGAAGGCAAAAAUCAACGCCAAUCCAGCAAAACCCUCAACCCGGAUUUGGCAACAGGGCUGGAACGAAUGGGUCCGAAUGCCCCGCCGUUGCAAGUUCGCAAGCUGUCCAGUGUGUCUGAGUCUACCACCCCGCUCCAACAGAAUGAGGUGCUGGCCAAGAACGUGCCAGAACAUCCAACAUCCCUUGCAGAAUCCAAGCCGGAAGACAUGCCUGAGCUUGGAGAGCAAACAACGAUUCCCGUGGACAAUGAUAUCCGUUUGCAGCAGAGCGACGACACGUGGAGGGCGGACGAGGAUGAUGGAGAUCUCGAGGACGAGUUCAUCCAAACGGAUGCCGACCGGACAGGCGCUGCCGACAUUGUCCCUGGUUGUGCACCAACCGCACUUGACUCGUCGUCCCUAUUAUGGUCCGGGCAAGCGCCAUCCCAAACCAUGAUGGUGGACUCGUUCCAGCAAGUCAGUCAAGCGCGUCGCUUUGUUGUGCGGCCUCAUUCUUCACAAGUUCAACGGCAGCAACCGCCGGUCCCUCGCCCUGCGGGUGGCGUUGCCCGGUCAACGCGAUGGCGCACGUCCAGCAUUCUGUCCAAGGACACUCAGCUCAAAGUUGCGCGUGUUCUGUUUACCGAUCGCGAUUCGGCCUCCAGAGCUCCGCUCGCAGCUGAGGAUACGCCCGAACGCACGGGUCCACAAAACUCAGAUCGUGGUAGUGAAACUGCCAGUGACUCUGAUCCACCAAUGCGCCUGUCGGUGUCCAUGACCAACGGUCACCUCCAGCUUGUUUCCAGGCGAGUGCGCCUCUCGCCGAGCGCCAUUCAGUCGUUGGAAGGUUCGAGGCACGCAUCGCCGCCCUCCAUGUCCGAUCCAGCAUCAGCGAUCCUCCAUUGGAACAAGAGGAAUCUGCAAGACUUUGCAUCCAAGUAG